GCGCGGAGGAUUGACCAAAAUAUAAGAACUCAUGGCGUCAACAAGUAAAACACAACCUCAAGCGAGAAAUUUACCAUGGGUUGAAAAGUACAGACCACAGACGUUAGACGACCUCAUCUCUCACCAAGACAUCCUGAGCACAAUCCAGAAGUUCAUCAGUGAAGACCGACUGCCUCAUCUGCUCUUCUAUGGACCUCCAGGAACAGGAAAGACCUCCACUAUAUUAGCAUGUGCCAGACAGCUGUACAAAGACAAAGAGUUCAACUCCAUGGUCCUGGAGCUCAAUGCAUCAGAUGAUCGUGGUAUAGAUGUGGUAAGAGGGCCGAUCCUCAGCUUUGCCAGCACACGGACCAUCUUCAAGAAAGGCUUUAAGUUGGUGAUCCUGGACGAGGCGGAUGCAAUGACCCAGGACGCUCAGAAUGCUUUAAGGAGAGUCAUUGAGAAGUUCACAGAGAACACCCGUUUCUGUCUGAUCUGUAACUACCUUUCAAAGAUCAUUCCUGCACUUCAGUCUCGAUGCACACGCUUUCGUUUCGGCCCUCUGUCCCAGAACCAGAUGAUUCCCAGACUAGAGCAUGUAAUCCAGCAGGAGAGCAUUGACAUCACUCCAGAUGGCAUGAAGGCCAUUGUGACCCUCUCAACAGGAGACAUGAGACGAUCACUGAACAUUUUACAGAGUACUCAUAUGGCAUAUGGGAAGGUGACGGAGGAGACAGUUUACACGUGUACUGGACAUCCUCUCAGAUCAGACAUCGCCAACAUACUGGACUGGGCUCUUAAUAAAGACUUCACCACUGCUUAUAACCAAAUCCUGGAGCUGAAAACUCUCAAAGGUCUGGCACUUCAUGACAUUUUAACUGAAGUCCAUCUUCUCAUUCACCGCGUGGACUUCCCACCCUCUAUCCGCAUGGGCUUGCUUAUAAAACUUGCAGAUAUUGAGUACCGUCUGGCCUCUGGAACCAGCGAGAAGAUUCAGCUGAGCUCAAUGGUCGCUGCUUUCCAGGCUGUUAGAGACAUAGUCGUCAGCGAUGGAUAGAUCAUUUGGUUUCCAACUUUGAAACGUAGAUCUUUGAUGUCAUGAGAUUAAGAGAUAGUUCACCCAAAAAUGAAAAUUUACUCAAUUCAGUUCUAAACCUCUGUGACUUUGUUUGUUCUGUUGAACGAACAGAGGAUACACUGAAGAAAGCUUGAAAAGCGGUAAUCAUUGACUUCUAUAGGAGGAAAACUAAAUCCUAUGGAUGUCAAUGGUUACAGGUUUCUGGCUCGCUUCAAAAUAUAUUUUGUAUUCAACCGUUGAAAAAAAAACUCAAACAGGUUUGGAAGAAGUGAAUGACUUUCAGUUUUGGAUGAAUUAUUCCUUUAAUAACCUCAUGUAGUUUUGACCACAGUUUUGCUCAGAACUCUGUAAUGUUGUUGAAAUUAAAUUGUUCUGCUUGAAAUGAAGCACAUUUCAGUACUUUGUUAAAGAAAUGUGUCAUUUUCAAAUUGGCUGUGUAAAGAAAAUAAAUGUCUUUAAAUAAAAAUUUCAAGUAUAGCA